UUCGCUCCCAUGAGAAGUCGAACCCAGGACCUCAGAUGCUUUCGAGACUCUUGUAAUCACUAAGCUACAAGUCCCUUCGCAUACCAAGGGCCAUGUUACAGCUUCCUCCAAAGAGAAACCUAAUAAAGUAGUACAAAUAACGAUCUUGACAAUCCGUACUUUCUUAGAAGUUAACAGCUCUAGCCAAGGAGGCAACAAUGCAAAAAAUCACACUACUAGAUCUCAUAUAUACAUUGAAGUAGAAUAAUAAAUAAAUGAAAACAACUCCUCAUGCUGUGGGCAUUAUCAUUUUCGGUCGCAGUUUUUGUACAAAAGAAGAAAUUUUGAAACGGGACUGCUAGAGUUAGAUUAAUGCACACGGGAUGACACAGCAGGCAGGGAAGCAGUGGAAUUAAGGGUCCCAAAAAUGGCAAAACGGGAACGAAGGACCCGGGGGGAAAGAGGGGCUGCCUCUCUGUCAAAACCAUCGACCACAACAGCGCCAUUUCCUUCCAUCUCUCUCCUCCGAUCCUCUCUUGCCCUAGCUAGAGAGAGGGAGAGGAAGAGAGAGAUCCACGCCGCGCCGUCGUCCCAGGGAGGGAAAUCAAAACACCGGCAGCCACUGGAAACGCGCUACGCCGCCGUCGUCCGGCCGGCCAACCGUGGGCCGCGCCGAUGGGGAACUGCUGCGUCGCCCGGCCGUCCUGCAACAGCAAUAAGCGCCGAGGUGGCGCCGGCGCCAGCGCCGGCGGCGGGCGCGCCGGCGUCGGGAACCGCGGCGGCCGCCUCGGCGGCGCCAACGUGCGGUCCUACUCCACGCUGUCCUCGAUCUGCGACGGCGCGCGCGACGCCGCGGCGCAGCCGCCGCUGACCGUGCUGGGGGCGGGCCUGGCGGCGGCGGCCAGCGCGGAGGAGCUGCUCCGGCGGUACCAGCUCGGCGAGGAGCUGGGGCGCGGCGAGUUCGGGCUGACGCGGCGGUGCACGGACGCGGCCACGGGCGAGGUGCUGGCGUGCAAGUCCAUCAGCAAGCGCAAGCUCCGCAGCAGCGUCGACAUCGAGGACGUGCGGCGGGAGGUGGCCAUCAUGCGCUCCCUGCCGGACCACCCCAGCGUCGUGCGCCUGCGCGAGGCCUUCGAGGACGCCGACGCUGUGCACCUCGUCAUGGAGGUCUGCGAGGGCGGCGAGCUCUUCGACCGCAUCGUCUCGCGCGGCCACUACACGGAGCGCGCCGCCGCCGGCGUCAUCCGCACCAUCAUGGAGGUCGUACAGCAUUGCCACAAGCACGGCGUCAUGCACCGGGACCUCAAGCCUGAGAACUUCCUGUAUGCCAACACAUCUGAGAACUCUCCUCUGAAGGUUAUCGACUUCGGUCUCUCUGUGUGCUUCAAACCAGGUGACAGGUUCCGUGAGAUCGUUGGAUCCCCCUACUACAUGGCACCUGAAGUCCUGAAGCGGAACUACGGGCAAGAAAUCGACAUCUGGAGUGCAGGAGUCAUACUCUACAUCUUGCUAUGUGGUGUCCCACCUUUCUGGGCUGAGACUGAUGAGGGGAUUGCACAGGCUAUCAUCCGGUCGAACCUCGAUUUCUCGAGAGAACCUUGGCCAAAGGUGUCCGAGAAUGCAAAGGAUCUUGUCAGGAAGAUGCUUGAUCCGAGCGCCUACUCUCGGUUGACUGCCCAGCAGGUUCUAGAGCAUCCUUGGAUACAGAAUGCCAGUGCAGCUCCCAACAUCCCUCUUGGAGAAGCAGUGAGGUCCAGGCUGAAGCAAUUCACUGUGAUGAACAAGUUCAAGAAGAAGGCCCUGCUUGUUGUGGCAGAGUGCAUCCCAACCGAAGAGCUCGAGGCAAUCAAGGAGCUGUUCCAAAUGUUGGACACCAACAAGGAUGGGCACUUGACGAUCGAAGAACUCAGGAAGGGACUGCAAACGACAGGGCACAAUGUCCAUGACACAGACGUGGAUAUGCUCAUGGAAGCGGCAGACAUGGACGGCAAUGGCACCCUGGACUGCAAGGAGUUUGUGACAGUGUCGAUCCACCUGAAGAAAAUCCGUAGUGAGGAUCACCUGCCCAAGGUGUUCAGCUACUUCGACAAGAACGGGAGCGGGUACAUCGAGAUGGACGAGCUGAAGGAGGCCCUCUCUCCAAGAGGAGGCGACCAGAAGGCGAUCGACGACAUCAUCAUGGACGUCGACAAGGACAAGGACGGGAAGAUCAGCUACGAAGAGUUCGAGCUGAUGAUGAGAGCAGGGAUGGACUGGAGGAACACGUCGAGGCAGUACUCGAGAGCAGUUUACAACACCCUGAGCCGCAAGAUGUUCAAGGAUGUGUCCCUGAAGCUUGACGUCAACGGUGGUGCAGAAGCACUUGGUGUUGGGGCAGCAGUGGCGAAUAAACAAGAAGAACGAGAAGCGGUUGACUGAGCUGAGUGAUGAUAUGCCUCUGCUGCAAACUCUCAUCAACUAAAAAUGUACAGUUGUCCAGCAUGUUUGUGUAUAGGUCACCACAUUUUUUUGGCAUGCAAACGUACCAGGGUUACGUGGUCCAUUGACCCUGUUUCAGGUGCAGAUAUAUGUCAAGGAACUCCCUGAAUUACAUCCUU